AUGAGCGCCCGCUCGGCAUAUUUGUGCCAAAUACAAAUUUGCAAUGGGUUUCUAAUAGCAGCUGGUUUGCUAGCCGUCGGCUUGGCGGGAAGUCAGUUCUCGAAAGUUGGUCUGGAUAACUACCGAGACAUUGAUUUUCGGUUACUCAACUUUAUCCAUGUGGUGACAGGAUGUAUAGGAUUCUAUUCGUUAUGGAGGAAUCACGGGAGUAUUGUGACAAAAUCGCUCUAUUUGGUUUCAUUCACGAUAGGAUUUGCUACUGCUGUUUUUUACGGGUUCACCACAUAUCGAGUAGUGAAAGCUGGUGAAAAUCUGAAUUCUCUUCAGUCCGCCGCCGGUUUCAACGAAGAGUUCCAAUCCGAGAACAGCAAUUAUGCAGGAAGAAUUGUUAUUUCUUCUCUGAUGAUUGCUGCCGGAGCCGUUGCUUCUUUGUUUUCACUUUUCGCCAUCUUCCUUCUCAGCAAAAUCAUCGUUGUCACUAUUCCAGUGUAUCCAUUGCAAUCGAGAGAACAAGAACUGGCGAUGAGCAGUGCAAAAAAGACGUUGGCAUCAAUUGGACUUAUCAAGUUUAUCCUUUGUUUCGGAAUUCUCGGACUUUGCGUUUUCAUUGAAUACGAGCAUGAGAACGUUGCUGGACAAGACAAGUACAUCAAAAUCGGACUUGACCACAUUUCUGCUAUGCUUGCUAUUGUCAGUGGCGCUAUGGAUAUCUGGGCUACAAGAGGAAAGAACCAACAAAAUUUGAACUUGAAGGUUGCUCUCGCGGUUGCUGUCGUCGCAGCCACAUGGUGUCUCAAGACAGUUGAUAACAACGCAAUGCCGUUCUACAAGAACGACCUAAAGUUUUAUUACCAGGGUCGUGAGGUCGGAGAUCCAUCAAUCACAUCCACUGAUGCACCAAGAUAUAUUUUGGUUGUGGCCCACGGAGUGCUAUUGGGAUGCUUCGGAAUUGCAUUCUUCUUGUGUACAUUGUCUGCAGUCAUAGUUGGAACAUACCUUCAACUUGACUUCCACUCAAUGCAUACUGAAGUUAACAAAAGCAUCAAAAUUCAAACUGGAGUUCUGAAUAUUCUCCACGUCUUCUGGGGAGCUUGUAUGCUUGCAUUAUGUAUUCUUGGUCUGUUGGACACUUGGUGGAGAGGAGAAUUCUUGGGAGCUGAUUUACUUUGGGUUUCAAUUCUAUUCAUGACAACUGGAUUGAUGACUUCAAACAACUACAGUGUGAUGAUCACUACCAAGUUCAUACUCUCUGUUGUCUGCCUUGGAAUCUCGGUUGAAAAAAUGUGCGCCUCUGCCAAUCUGAUCUACCAAAUGGCUGCCUACCCUGCCUACAGAAAUGGAAACGAAAGAACUUUUGUCGCUCAAAUCAUCCUUUAUUCCAUUCAAGCUGGUAUCUAUCUACUAGAAGCGUUGACUUCUCUAGCCGGUUCCUAUCUCUAUGGAACUGAACUCCGCAAACAACCAAAUUUAACUUAUCGUCAUUCAAAUGGAGUGCAUGGAUUGUUUUCGCUAGGAACACUCUUUUAUGCUGUCGUCAUUACUGGAACCUACAUUGUGUUCGAGCUAGGAAAAUGGAGAUAUAAUGAAGUUCCAAUUGAAGUUCCAUUCUUCAGACUCGGAAAUGGACCACUUGCUGGAGCAGUUUUUAUUGUACAGUUUCUCUGUAUUCCAUUCCCAAGUCUCUUGGCAUCUGCAUCAAUCCUCAACAUCAUUAUCGCCUCGAUAUCUUUGUUCACCGUAUCUUCCGCAAUAACCAAUGUUUACUAUCUGCAACGGUACUUGCAAGCGUCUGACCUUCUGCCAACCACUGAAACUCAGCAAACAAUAUAUCAAGUUGCUAUCAUUCUCGCCGCCGGAGCAGCUCUCGCGUGUGUCAUAUGCACUGUUUGCGCAAUUAUUUGCUCGCUAAGAUCCUCUUACAUUCUCCAUCAUCGGUCUACCUCACCAGAUAGCACCGUUGUUGCUCCACUUGGAGAAGAGCAAUUCGGAAGUGGUACUCUACGAGUUGGAACUCAUAUGAGGACACCUUCACGACAUAUGCAUCCACAACAAAGCCCGGCCGGAGGAGCCGUUCAACCAAUGGAAGAACAAUCCGUAUACUGGAGUGCUGACGAGAAUCCGUUCUACUAUCAUACAUCAAAACGAUUCUAUGGAAAACCUUAUCAAAUUGAGUCUGGAUUUUACGGUUACGCACUAGCUGGAAGUGGAAGUGGACAACCCGGACAAAGUCCAUCAGGCGAUCCAAACCGAAGGGUACAAUCAUCGGCGUCACAAACACAAAUUGGACAUGUCUUCAACAACUGA